UAUAUACAUCACCAUAACUACAAGGAGAGCUCACCACAAAAACUCUACACCACCAUGGAAAAAACUCCUUAUUACAUUCUAGUCCUCCUACUUACAACAAUCUUCAUAAACUACCAAAAAUCUUGCCUCGCCGCCACAAACUACGCCACCGAUCAAUCCGCUCUCCUCGCCCUAAAAUCUCACAUCACUUUAGACCCUUACAACUUCAUCACAACCAACUGGACAAACUCAACCUCCGUCUGUAGCUGGAUCGGCGUCACUUGCGGUUCCCGCCAUAAUCGAGUAACCACGCUAAAUAUCUCCUACAUGUUUCUUUCGGGCACUAUUCCACCACAAAUAGGAAAUCUCUCUUUCCUCAUCUCCCUCGAUCUCAGUCGCAACUUUUUCGGCGGCGUCCUUCCUCAACUACUUCCCCAUAGGUUGAAGUACAUUUCUCUCCGAAACAACAAUUUCACGGGGAAUAUUCCGAUUUCUCUCUCUAACCUCACGAAGCUACAACUAGUUGAUUUUUCUUCGAAUUCUUUUCAAGGGAAUAUUCCGAAAGAGUUUGGGAAGCUUCAAAGUCUGCAGGCUUUUGGCAUGGAGAAUAAUCGUCUCUCGGGUACUAUACCGUUAGCCAUAUUUAACUUGUCGAGUUUGGAAGUGAUUGCUUUGACCGGAAACGAAUUGAGUGGCGGACUUCCGAGUUACAUGUGCGAUAAUCUUCCGCUUCUUCAAGGAAUUUAUCUAUCCAACAAUAAAUUGAGCGGGAAAAUUCCGUCGAAUUUAUCGGAAUGUUCGCAACUUCAAAUCAUAUCCAUAUCUCGGAACUCCUUUAGUGGUCAGAUACCGAGAGAAAUUAGCGAGCUCCGAUUUCUUCGGGGUUUAGCUCUCGGCGUUAAUAAUUUAAAUGGUGUUAUCCCGCCGGAGAUCGGAAAUCUUCAAAACUUGGUUCAGUUUGCCGCUGAAAAAAAUCGGAUUACGGGCGCAAUUCCCGCGGGUAUUUUCAAUAUUUCCUCUCUCCAAAAAUUGGAAAUUUUACACAGCUCAGAAAUUUGA